CCAAACACUUCAAUUCAGCACAAAUUUCGACUGGCAAAGAAUUCGUAAUUUUUUUUUUUUUUCAGGCUAAAACUCAAUAGCAAAAUUCUUUGGAAGCAUCGCAUGUUACCAUGUCGAAUCCGCAUUGUAAAACGCCCAGCGGACAGUCGCCACAAAAUGAUUUAGUGAAUACGCCAGAGCAUUUCCAUCCCGGAUACUGCGGACAACCGCGUAAAUAUGAUCCCCGGGAGUUUGGUUUGACCGGCAACGAGGAAUGGCGUAAUCCCCGCAUGUUUCGCAACAUGACAUAUCAAACUGACGCUGAGGCAAUGAAUGCGAUGCGGAUGGCCCAACCGCGUAGACCCAUGUAUCGUCCAACUGAAACUUCCAUUGUGAACAAUUUAACAGACGAAUGUUUGGCUGAUGUCUCGGCGCCGCAGUUCGAAAUGAGUAUGCCAUCGCCAAUGUCUGGUUCGUGUGGAGAAUACCUGGAUAAUGUAACACCGCCACAAUUGUGCACCACGGCAGACUCGAGUGUGAGUGAAAAAGAUAGCAAUAACUGUUCGGGUAGCAUACAGCAGAGGGUUGUGCAUGAUUUUAGCCAGCUGAGCGCUUGCGACUAUGAUCUAUUGCCAGCAGGGAAUUGCCGAGAUCCAGAUCAAAAUUCAAUGCCCGAUCAAAAGUUCGACAAAUGCAGCACAGAAAAGAAUAAUAAUAUCUUAACUACCACGGUUCGCACAAUUACGACGCAACGGGAUCAAUCCGGAAAGGUGACAAGUCGUGUUGAGGAGACGAGCACGGUAUCCAAUGAUCAAGGGGCUAAUUUGGAUAACACCCCUGUGUGCUGUCCAGGACAGGGUCCUGCAGCCGGACGACAUCUUCAAUUUUGCAAUAUGCCAGAUCAGAGCGAGAACUUAGCAGACAUCUCAAUGCCCCCAUUCUAUGACAAUAGCCACCCAGCGAUGAGCACUCGUAUAGCUCAGAGGUCGAUGGAUCAAAGUGCUUGCCUCGAAAAUAUCAGUGCGCCCUCCUUCGCCGACAGCAAUCUGGCAGACGUAUCCAUGCCGAGUGGCAUUUGUGGUGCGAAUGGUGACUCGAUCCGGCAGCCAACGCAAUAUACCAAUGAAUGCUUGAACAAUGUCUCGAUGCCAAGCUGUAUGGGAUCUUCUGGUGCAUCGCGACGACAAGUUACCCAGAUGUCGCAUGAUCGCUUGGAAGAUAUAUCAAUGCCUUCAUUUGGCAACGUGUCCAGAGUACCGAAUAGGCAAGCAGGCUAUAUGACCAGUGAAUGCUUAAACGACGUCAGUGCUCCGUCGUUUGGAUCUAGUCCUGCUCGCAGUAGAGUGUAUCGCAGCCAACCAAGAUCGAUGCUAGCACAGAGUAAUUUAAACUCAACAGUUCUGGACGACAUCAGUAUGCCCUCCUUCGAGGGGACAUCAUGUGCUACAGCUAGAUCAAUGCAGCAACGUUCGAUGAAAUCGCAGAAUAUUUGUGACACAUCAGCCCCAUCGUACGUAUCGUAUGGACAGGGUCCAGGUUCUGGUGAAUGCUUGGAGAACAUAUCAAUGCCAAUGUAUGGCUACAGUGGACGAGCACAAAUGACAAAUGAAUGUUUGGAGGAAGUCACGAUGCCAUCGUUUGAAUGUUCCACAAAUAAUCAGUUCAUUGAAGAUAUUAGUAUGCCGACAUUUGGUGGAGUAUCGUAUGCAUCCCAAGGGCGAACACCGACACGUCAACAGUAUUCGAUGCCGGCGAAAUCGAUGUGCUGCUCAAUGGAGCCGUGCUUUCAAAACGAUCAACAAGAAUAUUUAGAUCAAGUAACUAUGCCGUCCUUUGGAAACUCUACACGAGGACCGAUGCCCAGUGAGUGUUUGACAGAUAUCAGCAUGCCUUCUUUUGGCGGGGUAUCCGGUGCAUCGAGAGGUAGAACACCGUCGUGUCAACAGCGCUCGAUGGCAGCCCAAAAUAUGUGUAAUAUAUCAGGCCCAAUAUAUGAAAGUAGCCGAGUGGGACAAAUGACUAAUGAAUGCUUAGAUGACGUCACCCAACCCUCCUAUGGAAACAGCGGUAGAGAGGUGUCUUAUAGCCAGUUUAUAGAGGAAAUGAGUAUGCCGUCGUUUGGUGGAGUGUCUGGAGCUUCAAGGCCCAGAACUCCAACACGGCAGCAACAGCAAUCAAUGGCUUCUCAAAAUAUCUGUGAUAUAUCUGCACCGUCCUUUGCUGGCAGUGGACGUGGAACAAUCAGUAACGAAUACUCGGGUAAAGAGGUUUGUUAUAGUCCGUGCUUGGAAGAAGAGAGUAUGCCCUCUUUCGGUGGAGUGUCAGGAGUUUCAAGGCCCAGGACUCCAACACGACAGCAACAGCAAUCAAUGGCUUCUCAAAAUAUCUGUGAUGUAUCGGCACCGUCUUUUGCCAGCAGUGGACGCCAGCUACAGACAACACCUUCUCAGAAUAUCUGUGAUGUAUCGGCACCGUCCUUUGCUAGUAGUGGCCGUCGGCAGCAACAGCAAUCGAUGCCUUCUCAGAAUAUCUGUGAUGUAUCGGCACCGUCCUUUGCUAGUAGCGGACGCCAGCAGCAGUCAAUGGCAACUCAGAAUAUCUGUGAUAUAUCAGCUCCAUCUUUUAAUAGCAGUGGACGUUGUGCAUCGAAAAGUGAAUGCUUGGAAAAUGUGACAAUGCCAUCAGGUGUAGCGGUAUCGACAUCAUCCAGAAGGCAACGGACUUCAAUCGCGGAAUGUUUGGACAAUGUUAGUGCACCGUCGUUUGCACACAGCACGCUGCGCAGCCGGUCACCGCAACGUCGGCAAAGGUCAAGGCAAAAUGAUAGCGGGGAAAAAUGUCAAACGACAACGACAACUUCUGAGAUCAUAGAUGAAAUUAGCAUGCCUACCUGUGGCGAUGUAUCGGGAUCCUCAAAAGCGAAAACUCCAAUACGUCAAAAGCGAUCGAUAACAACGAAGACUGUUUGUAAGAGCUCAACACCAGCAUCUCGUAGUCGUGGACCAAUGAAUAGUACGGCUGAAUGUAUAGCUGCAAGAGGGCAAACACCAAAACGAAGGCAACAAACGAUGACCUCUCAAAAUAUCUGUGACAUCUCUGCCCCAUCAUUGGAAAGCUGCGGAACAGGAGGACUGACAAAUGAAUGUUUGAAUGAUAUAUCAAUGCCGUCAUACGGUGCGUCCUUGGAGUGCUCAAGGCCAAACACUUGUGCUUCCGAAUGCUUGAACGAUGUUAGUGCACCCUCCUUUGCGCAGAGCAUUUCUCGCGGAAGUUCACAUCGUCAGCAAAUGGCACUUUCGAAUGCCUGCAAAUCGGGCACAGGAGACAUGAGUAAUGGCUACAUAAUGGAUAUCAGUAUGCCAUCAUUUGGAGGAAUAUCGGGUGCGUCUAGGCAGCGUACCCUCAACCAGCAGCAACAACAGUGUUCGAUGCCGUCCCAAAAUAUCUGUGACAUCUCACCUGUAUCGUACGCAAGCAGUGGACGUGGAAAUACAAUGACCAAUGAGUGCUUAUACGACGUAAGCAUGCCGUCGUUUGCGGAAGUAUCGGGCUCAUCGCAACGACAGCAGACCAUGCCGUCAGAGUGCUUGAACGAUGUGAGCGCACCAUCGUUCACUAGGACUAUGCCAUCACAAGUCGCGCAAAGAUCUAUCCAGAAUCGCUCAGAUCAAUGUCGGCUGCAGGACAUGAGCAUGCCUUCAUUCGCGGAUGUAUCGGGCGUCUCGAGAGCACGAACACUGAGCCGACAACAGCGUUCGAUGCGCGGUAGCCCAGGCACUAGGGAAUGUUUGGAGGACGUUAGUAUGCCCUCCUUUGGUGUAUCGGGUGUCUCAUGCGCUCGUUGCCCGACAAUGCAGUCCCAACAAAUCUGUGACAUAUCAGCGCCUUCUUACAACAGCAGUGGAUUUGCGACCAUGACUUCCAAGAGUAUGGGACGAAGUCAAUCGCAGGGCCCCAAUUCCAGAGUUCAACAAUCGCCGAUUAUGAAUAACUCCUGCCGAGUUCAAAGUGAAUGCCUUCAAAAUGUAACAAUGCCAUCGUUUGGCAACAUUUCAACUGUCAGUACCUCGAGUCGGCGAGACUUGCCAAUGACUAGCGAGUGUCUGAGCAACGUGACACCGCCCUCCUUUGGUCGCAGUGGCAACACACAGGAGCUGUGGAACAUUAGCGCACCGGUCUUUGAAUCGUCAGCCAAUUUGCGCAAGCCUCGCUCUGAGCCGUCGUAUGAAUGCGAUGCUCUGGAGGACGAGAGUGCUCCCAGCUUUGGCUUCAACAGUCAGGCCAUGAAAAGUAUAUAUCAGAUACCGACGGCUAAUUCGAGCAAUUCUGUAUACAGCGGCACGGCGGCACGACAAGUUCGUAGUUUUCCGUGCAUCAGUCAACAAAAUAUCGGCGACAUAUCUGCCCCCUCAAUGGUCAGUAGUCGGGUAGACUGCCAACUGGACUCGAGAGGUCAGCCCUACCCAACCGAAUAUCCAUUUAGCAAAAGUCGUUCUCAGUCCAAACAGAGCAGCCGAUACACCAACUGCAAUUUGGACUGUGAAGCCGUCGAAAAUAUUACAGAGCCAUCGAUGUUGGCCAAUAGCACGAUGUAUGGUCAAAUGGCUACGGAGCAAAGCCAAUGUCUUGCGGAUGUGAGCGCACCAUCCGGAAUGGAAUCACAAUUUUCGACAUUGUGCUCGAAACUAACUAACGAAGAAUCCUAUCCUAGCGAAAUGCUACAAGAUGUCAGUGCACCAUCCUAUGCGAAUAGCAUAAACCGUUCACAGUCCAAGCAAACCACCCGAGUCACCACCUGCACCUUGAACUGCGAGAACAUCGAGAAUGUUACAGAGCCAUCAAUACUGACCAAUAGCGCGAGAUUCGGUAAAAUUGUAUCCGAGCGAUUAAGGGAAGCCAGUCAACAUUUGGCGGAUGUGAGCGCACCAUCGGGAAUGGAUUCGCAUUAUUCGAAUGUGGAGUCAAAUAUCAUGGAUGUGAGUGAGCCAUGUGAAAUGUUUUGCAGCGAUGUAUGCGCUGAGGAGGGUAACGCCUCGGAACGGGGACAGCUUGACAAAAGCGAUCCAAGAGCUACGAAUUCAUCGCCUAGUAUGAAGAGAGGCGAGGGUAGUGCUCUAACCGGCCAGCGGAACAAUCAAGAUGAACAAUCGCCAACCGAUUGUCCAUGCCCAAGUACGGUAGAUGUAGAGGCUAAGAAGUCUUCGACUUCUGGGCAGGGGGUUGCAGGUGCCCAGGACAGCAAAAAACGGGAUUCGAAUGCGGGUAAGAAGAGCAUUCAAUCCAUAAAUGACAUAUCGAUGCCGGAGUUCGAGAGCACACCCAUCAGUCAAUCGCCUCGUGAAUCGAAUCGUAAGAACAGCACUGCGAUCUCGGACAUCACUGAGCCCAGCUUUGGGCCGUCUCUUCAAUCCACAAAUAAGACGCAGGAUACAACUGGUUCAUACCACGGCUUUGAUUCAAUGGAUAACUAUGCGCCGUUCGACGAGCUUAUCAAUUCGAGGCCAGAAAACUGUGAGCCGCCAACGCCUCAGCCGGUGCGCUCCAAGCCGAACGAUUGCCCAGCUACUCCAAAACCGAGACCCAAAACUCCCCAAAAAGGUCAUUGCACAUGUGGCGUAAAUGGGAAUACGCGAUCCAGUGCGAAACAGAGAAGUCGUAAUACUAACCGAUAGAGUUUAUGUUCACGCACUCAUAGAACGUGUUCAUGGUCAUGUUCAUUCUGAGCCACAUUCUCACGGUAGAUUUUCCUGCAACACACAAAUAUUUAUAAAUUCAUACAUGUUUAGCCUGAAAAAAUUAACGAAAUUCGAGUAUAAAUAAAUUGGAAGUGCAGUA